AUGAGGAAGGAAAACAUCACCAACAUUAGUGAGUUCAUCUUGGUGGGCUUCCCCACAACCCCUAGGUUGCAGAUUCUGCUCUUCCUCCUCUUCCUUAUCAUGUACCUAUUUGUGUUAUUGGAGAAUUUGGUCAUCAUCCUUACAGUAUGGGUCACUGGGUCCCUGCACAAGCCGAUGUACUAUUUUCUGAGCACCAUGUCUUUUCUGGAAGCCUGGUAUAUCACAGUGACCGUCCCCAAGAUGCUGACUGGAUUUUUGCUUCACCCUAAUACCAUCUCCUUCUUGGGCUGCAUGAUCCAGCUGUACUUCUUCAUUUCACUCGCCUGUACUGAGUGUGUGCUUUUGGCUGCCAUGGCCUAUGACCGGUAUGUGGCUAUCUGCUGGCCUCUUCGCUAUCCAGUCAUGAUGACCACAGAGUUCUGUGUUCAGCUGACCAUCAGUUCCUGGGUGAGUGGCUUCACCAUCUCCAUGGCUAAGGUAUACUUCAUAUCCCAAGUCGUUUUCUGUGGUAAGAAUGCCUUGAACCAUUUUUUCUGUGAUGUGUCUCCCAUUCUUAAACUGGCUUGCAUGGACUUUUCUAUGGCCGAGAUGGUAGACUUUGCGCUUGCCAUCGUCAUCCUGGUGUUUCCUCUCUCAGCUACUGUCCUCUCCUAUGCUUUCAUUGUCUCCACCAUUCUGCACAUACCCUCAGCCAGUGGGCAGCGGAAAGCCUUCUCCACCUGUGCCUCGCACCUUACUGUGGUAGUCAUCUUCUACACAGCGGUGAUCUUCAUGUAUGUCCGGCCACGUGCCAUCGCUUCAUUCAACUCCAACAAAUUGAUCUCAGCCAUAUACGCAGUCUUGACUCCCAUGCUCAACCCUAUCAUCUACUGCCUAAGGAACAAGGAGGUCAAAGACGCCAUCAAAAAGACCAUGACAAGUGGCCGAGAUGUUUUCUUAAGAGAUUCUCUUCACUGA